AUGGGCCAGAACUGUAUCGGGAUCGAGCGUUUCCUCAUUCCCGAUAGCAUGCAAGACGACCUUGUACAAGCUGUCAAGCCACGGAUCGCCGCUUUGCGCUGUGGCAGCACACUCGACGAUACAUCCAUGGGCCAUGGCGCGAAAGCUCAACAAGGUAAGAAUGGCGAUCAUGUCGAUUGCGGUGCAAUGAUCACAGACGCUCGUUUCGAUGCUCUUGAGGAGCUUAUCGCAGACGCCGUCGCUCAUGGCGCACGCCUUGUUGUCGGAGGCAAGCGCUACAACCACCCAAGAUGGCCGCAUGGCCACUACUUUUCGCCUACCUUGCUGACACAUGUGACGCCGACCAUGCGGAUUGCGCAAGAAGAAGUGUUUGGCCCUGUAUUUUUGGUGAUGCCAUACCGUACAGUGGAUGAUGCUGUGGCUAUCGCGAAUGGCACCCCAUUCGGACUGGGUGCUUCUGUGUUUGGCCGUGACUACAAGGAAUGCCAACAUGUUGCGUCACAACUAACAUGUGGUAUGGUUAAUAUUAACGACUUUGGCAUUUCGUACCUGAAUCAGGGUCUGCCGUUCGGCGGGUGCAAACAUUCCGGCUAUGGCCGCUUUGGCGGGCCAGAGGGUCUGUUGGGCCUCACGGCUCCCAAGGCCAUAACUGAGGACGUGUGGUUCGGCGUCGUGCAGACGUCGAUCCCACCUGUGGUGGACUAUCCCGUUCGAGACACACAACGCAGUUGGACAUUUCUUCACUCACUCGUACGACUGGCCUUUGGAUCACUCGUGCAGCGCAUCCACGCUAUUCGUGGGCUUCUAUAA